AUGGGGGUGGGGGUCAGACCUGCUCCCCGGCCUCUGCCGCGGGCUCGCCGGAGCCGGGGUGCCCCGGGGUGUCCGCGGCAGAGCCGGGGCUGGCUUCGGGCUUCCUGCAGCUGUGACAGCGACCCUUUCUGUCCUUUGGGGCAUGUCAGUGGGUUUGCACAAGUCGAGCUGACUCUGAAACCCGAGUUGAGGAAGCACAGGCGGGAGCAGAUGAUCCUGCCUGUGCUGCUCAGCUCACAAGCUCAGACACAUAGGCAGAAGGUUCAUUACUCACUUGAACUCCUUGUGGAUAAUCCCACUCCCACAUCAUUUUGUGAUCUUGCCAAUACCAACAAUCCUGAUACUUCUAAGAAAGUAAAUAAUUUUAUAAAAGCAUUACUGAUUUGCUAAGAUAAAAAUUCCACAUGGCAGAGAGACAUGGAAGACAGGUUUAUUGUGCUGGACAACCAUGAAAGUAGGUCAGAUACAUGCUUUCUGGAGAUUCUUGAUGACUGUCAUGGUGUGACAGCUACAGAAACAAUUGUAGCAAAGCUUCCACUUCUAUUUCUUGAACAGCUUUCUUGUAUGGAUUCCUCCCACAAAAAUAAAAAUGACAAAGAGCAAAUUCUAGAAUUUUUUGCCAGACUAAUCAAGGCAGAUUACAGGGAAAAAGAGAAGAACCAAGCAAUGAGGAGACAAACAAGCCAGUCUAUUAUGAAAGUGUAUGCUAAGUCCUUUUGAAGAAUCAGAUUUUUACAGCUGGGAAGGAAUGAGGUUUCCAAAGUUCACUGGAGUGGCCGUUCAGUGGGAAAAGGAAUUCCUACAGAAGAGAUGGGUGGCACUGGUGAAGAAGAAAGAAAACAUCCUGAAAACAACACACACCCAUUAGCCAGGACAGCCAAAGGUGUUGCUGGGCUACUGCAUGUUGCUACUAUAGGAGUGCAUUCUUACAGAAGUACAGACUUUUUCUUCAGCUCCAGUCAUGUCUCCUAAGAGCACAGCACUUCUAAUGUGAGAGAAAAACUUCAGAAUGGUGGAAACAUCAGCACUAAUAAACCAGUUGUAGAGGGAUACCUGAGAACUACAAGGUCUCUUGGACAUCACAGAGCUUUAGUAUAAAGAACAUCUGUUAUACCUGUACUUCACACUGCAUCUGUCCCUAUCAAUGUUAUUUGCCAGUUUCUUAUUUUGGCUUCUAAUGGGCUUUGAGGGGUUUUGGAUUACCUGAAGUACUUGCACCAAGUCUUAACAUUCACUCAUUAUUUGAGAAUGCAUGAAUGCUGUUCAAAAAACAGGACACCAUGUAAUUAUACGCAUCAUAAAAAUGGAAUUCUUAAUAAGGAAACCAAUGACCACAAAAAUCAACCUAAUCCAGAACUGUCUCUUUUUAGUAACAAUGAAUUUUCAUCCACAGUGAGACUUCAGAGCAAGAAGAAACCAGUACUUUCUGUGCAACAGGUCCAAGUCACAGCUAUAAACAGCUGCAAGAGAAUGUGCUGGCAUCAAGGUGAUGUUGGUCAAGAACUGCUAAAGACUGUAUCACCACUGGGUUCUAAACCAUCACCACAGUUUGAAAAAGACACAAAAAUGUACCCGAUCAAUUGAAAAUCACAAGCUGCAGAGGAGACACAGUCAGCUCAGAGACACUGCAAUGCAACAAGUCACCGUGAACAACUGGCAAAGACUGCAUUAGCUGCAGGUUCAAGAGACAAUAUUACUAUUUUGAUCAUACUUCUAAAUGGAUGUGAUAAGAUACGCAAUUACCUCAACAUUUAA